AGGAAGGUGGCAACAAAGUUUGCUGGGCACGCAGAGCUGGACAAUUCAAGCCACGGGAGACACCAGGCAUUGGGCUGCAGGGGAGGAAGGACGCUGGACCUACAACCAUCCAGAAACAACCACAGCCUGAGUGCAAGCUGCGGUGCAUCCCAUCCCCCGGAGAGCCUCUGUGUGCAGCCAUGUCACUGGUGGUGAAGGAGAAGAACCACGUGCGGUUGGUCUUCUUGGGUGCUGCUGGUGUGGGCAAGACAGCCCUGAUCCGCCGCUUCCUGCUGGACACCUUUGAACCCAAGCACCGGCGCACAGUGGAGGAGCUACACAGCAAGGAGUAUGAGGUGAGCGGGGCCACGGUCAAGGUGGAAAUCCUGGACACCAGCGGUAGCUACUCCUUCCCAGCUAUGAGGAAGCUCUCAAUCCAGAACAGUGAUGCCUUCGCACUGGUCUAUGCUGUAGAUGAUGCCGAGUCCUUUGAGAGUGUCAAGAGCUUGCGGGAGGAGAUCUUGGAGGUGAAGGAAGACAAGUUCCCUCCUAUCGUGGUGGUGGGCAACAAAGCGGAGAGUGGUGGGGAGAGGCAGGUCCUGGCAGAGGAUGCCCUGUCGCUGGUGGAGUUGGACUGGAACAGCCGCUUUGUGGAGACGUCAGCCAAGGAGAACGAGAACGUCCUGGAGGUCUUCAGGGAGCUCCUGCAGCAAGCCAACCUACCCAGCCGGCUCAGCCCAGCUCUCUGCAAGAGGAGAGAGACGUUCCCCAAGGAGCCCAUGCUGAGGCCUCCCAUGAACAAGACCAACAGCUGCACCAUGUGCUGAGCCGGGCCGCGCGGGGCUGGGAGGAAGGUGCUGGCAGCAGCCGCAGUGGCAGGAAACUCAGGUGGGCUGGAUGGAGAGAGGCGCUGCCUUGGCCAAAACCAACCCUGCUCCCUCCCACCCUUUUCCUCCUCUU